AUCUUGCUGGCUUGGUUAUUGAUGGAGAAGAAAUUCUUGAACAAUCCCAGAAUCAAAAUAUUCCAGUUAUUGUUGAAGCUCAGAAAUGUUUAUGCAACCUGAUUUACAAUUGCAAAUCUGCCCAGAGAAUAUGCAGUAUGAAUGGUUGUGUCGAAGGUAUUAUGCUGAGACUUCGAACCUAUCAAGAUUUUCAGUUUCCACAUGAUAUAAAAUUUUUUGACAUGAGAAUGCUGUUUUUAUUGACUGCUUUAUGUGCAGAAAUCAGGCCAAAAUUAAGAAAUAAUCUUCAUGGCACUAUAUAUCUCAUGGAAGUUUUAGAUUUAAUAUUAAAAUGUAAUGCUGAAAGGCUGUUAGAACAGAAUCUUCAUCAUAAAAAGGAAGGAAAGAAACGUUACAGUAGAGGAAGCAGAAAACAGAAGGGAAAUAAAUGUUUUCCAGAUGCAGAACAGUAUAUUAAUCCAUGCUUAAGUGUUGAAGAAGUUGAUCUUGCUUGCGAAGUAUUGAAAGUGCUCUUUAACCUUACGGUUAAUAUCGAUAGAUAUAAUUUAGAUGAGGAAGAAGAAGCCCAUUUUAUGAGAUUAGUUAGUAUACUGCAUGAUAUUUUGCUAUGUGAUACGUCAACUGUGGAUAAGAAAAAUGAAUUACACAGUCAUACUGUGAAUCUUUUGACCAAUAUGCCUACUUCCAGCUACGAAGAAUUGUUAAUACCCAUAACAGACAUUCCUAUUGAUAAAAGUGAUAAUAAAGAGCACGAAUAUGAAGGGAUGAGUAUGGAAGUUAUCUCAGUUCUUUUAAAAUUUAUGGAAAAUCGAUUAGAUAAGAAAACAGAAAUAAAGGAAGGUCUGACUCCAGUUCUGACUUGUCUUUGUGAAUGCGCUCGUGCAAACCGAACAAUCCGAAAAUAUCUCCGUAUUAAGGUCUUGCCACCACUCAAAGAUGUCAUGAACAGACCAGAGGAAGGCAUGACUCUUAGAAAUAGAUUAGUUAAAUUGAUGACUUCUCCUAUGACUGAUGUUAAAGAGCUUGUAGCAGAUUUUCUCUUCAUUUUAUGUAAAGAAAAUGUGGAACGACUUAUUAAGUACACUGGCUACGGUAAUGCCGCAGGACUUCUCACUAAUCAUGGGCUCAUGCACGGAAGACAAGGAAAUGCAAGGGAUUAUUCUAGUGAUUCUGAUGAUAGUGAUACAGAAGAAUAUCUUAAAUAUAAAGACAGAAUAAAUCCGGUGUCAGGAUGUUACGAAGAACCGAAACCUAGUCCGCUUGAAGGCAUGUCAGAAGAGCAAAAGGAAUACGAAGCAAUGCAGCUUGUAAAUAUGAUGAAUAAAUUGACCAGGGACGGCAUCAUUCAACCCAUGAAAGUGGGCGACGACGGAAAGCCCCAUCCGGUGGAACACAUGCUCGAGCUUCGAGAAUGAAUCGUCUAAUCAUCGAAUUCAAUUACUUUGUAAUUACAGCAUUACAAACCAAAAAAAAAUUAUGAUAUAUUGCCAGAUUUUUUAGCAUGAAGAUUCUUUUAGCAGUUCUUUAUACUUACAGAUUAUUUAUAUGCCAGUUUUGGUAAUGUAACCAUCAAUUAUGUAUACUUGGCAAAUUUGUUUUAUUCUUUCAUUGUACAUUCUGUUUUCUAACGAUUUUAGAAAACCGGACGGUUAUUUAUACCUUGAGAAUUUAAUGUGUUCAUUUAAAUGUAUGGAAAGAAAGUAUCAAACUGCGAAACUAUUUUAUUGAAUGCUAAUAUUAUAAAAGAAAUAGCUUUAUCUGAAUCUAUUUUUAUGUACUAUAUAAUUGUAAUAUUUGUUAUCGUUUACUGAACUUAAUGUUACGUAAAUGCAGCGAAUGCCGAAGCAUAAUUUGUCUUCUAAGUUCCUCUCUCUCCGUCAUUUAGUUCCAAGGAAGACCUUCGAAUCGUAUAUUUACAUAUAUUUAAGAAGAGAAGGAGUUAAAUUUCUGCAAAGUAAAACUACGAAGACGUAUUUAUAUAUUAUUAUUAUUAUUAUUAUCAUCAUCAUUAGUAAUAGUUUUUGUAAGUAACGUAAACUCUUGUGUAUCGUUCAAAAGUGAAUUUUGAAAGUUUUGUGAUCUAUCGACUGUCAUACGUAUACAUAUAUAUAUAUAAAAUUAUAUAUAAAUCUAUCAUUUAAGAGUCUUAAAAACAAUUACACAAAGUGCAUUCUUGCUUUUCCGAAAUAUUAAAUUUGUUAAGAGACCAAUAUUGAUAUAUUAUAUAUUUAUAUGGUUCUAAUUUAGAACUUUAUUAUUAUAUAUAUUAAAAUUUAUUGAUGGAUAUCUUUAAGUGUAGCAUUUCGUCGAUAAUUCUUUCAGCAAAUUUAGGAUUUGUAAUUGCCGUCAUACAGUGAAUAUGUAUAUUUUAUCAUCGGUACCUUCCCCAAAAGAAGAAAGGUAUUUUAAGAUAAUUUUUUCCUCGUUGUUCAACAGGAAAAUAUGUAAUCUGUUUUCAGAAAUAAAACCGAACCAAAAAAAAAGGAAAAUAACGAAGAAAUCUCUGGUUUUUUAUUGUUCUUGCAUGAAAAUAUUUGCAAAUAAAUAGAAAAUAAAGUCUUCUAGAACUUUUUUUUUAA